AUGGGAGACGCAGAUGGCCCCAAGAUAUGCCAGAAAUGCCAGAUAAUAGCGACCAAGACAGUGAAUUUCACCAUCAGCGAGAACCAGGGCUGUCUCGACAGCGGCCGUUCGAAGAACAUCGCACACGAGGACGACAUCGAGGUGCACGAGCAGCGGUGGAUCGACGCAGGCGGACGCGAGGAGGACUUCAAGUAUGAGACUGAUUGGACGGCCAGGACGUUCAGGUUCAGCAGUAACGACACCCAGAGGUCCAACAGAAAGGCGUGGAUACCGCAGUGGCUUGGUUACGCGCUGGUGCGGUCGCGCGUGCACAUCGUGCCCGGCAUGGCCCCGCUGCUGCUGUCGAGACGGUGGGCGAAGGACCUCGGGGGCCACGUGGAUUUCGAGAAGAACACGAUCGAUUUCGCGGCGAUCGGGCAAAAGGCGCAGCUGACGACUCGCGGCGGCGAGCAGGACGGGCACUACGCGUUGGAGAUGCGCGCGCCCCCGCCGCGCGCCAUUGUCCAGACGGUGUUCGAUUGGAAGACGGACGACGUGGAGGUCUAUGACAAGAAGGAGCAGGAGAAGCACCCCACUGUUCAGAACGCAGGACGGCUCGAACGGUCGGGACCUCAGAUCGUCGCUGCCGGACGGCUCGCAUGGUCGGGGCCGCAGAUCUUCGUUGCUGGACGACUCAAAGUGUCGGGGCAUCAGAUCUUCGCCGCUGGACGGUUCGAAGGGUCGCGACUUGAUGUCGUCGCCGCGGGUGCCGGACAACGGAAAAAAUCGCGGCCCGAUGUGACGCGGGACGACGACCUGCCCGACGUAAAGCAUGUGGUGGUGAGCAAGAAGCAGCGGCGGAGCCAGAAGGCCGUGGCGGGUGGAGAUCGAAUGGAGAAACACAGUGACAUCGGGAUCUUGGACGUGUUCUCGCCACUGAGGGUGGCACAGGCCGCGGCGGCCGCACGAACCGCCAGUUUCGGCGCCUUCGACUUGAAGACGAGAUGGGGUUUUGAUCAGAGCAGCGCGAGGGAAGAGGCCAUUGGCGAGUGGAUGAACCAGUGCGAGGAGGCGGCCGCCUACGUCAACUGUUGCGUCAAGCUGGCCAAGAAUCAGAUGGAGGUCGGUGGCGCUUUCGUCUUCCAGGUUCUACUGGGAGGUGGAACCUGGGCGCCGGGCGAGAUGAAGGCGUUCUUCGCGAGGCGCCGAGAGGAGCGCUGCUUUGCGAAGAGCGCCUG